AUGCAUUCCAAGCGUCUCACACGUCUUCCUCCUUUCCCUUUCUCUAUGUCCUUCCUUUCUACAUGCACCAACAACGAAAAGCAACUGUCUUUAUUUCUUUUUCCCUAUCUUUAUUUCUUCCUCUCUUUCUCUCUUUCUCUCUCUUCGUCUUUGUUUCUUUCUCUCUCUCUCUCUCUCCGUCUUUGUUUCGUUCUCUCUCUCUCUCUCCGUCUUUAUUUCGUUCUCUCUCUCUCUCCGUCUUUAUUUCGUUCUCUCUCUCUCUCACUCUCUCUCUCCGUCUUUAUUGCUUUCUCUCUCUCUCCGUCUUUAUUGCUUUCUCUCUCUCUCCGUCUUUAUUGCUUUCUCUCUCUCUUCGUCUAUAUUUCUCUCUCUCUCUUCGUCUAUAUUUCUCUCUCUCUCUCUCUUCGUCUUUGUUUCUUUCUCUCUCUCUUCGUCUUUGUUUCUUUCUCUCUCUUUUCGUCUAUAUUUCUUUCUCUCUCUCUUCGUCUAUAUUUCUUUUUCUCUUUCUUCGUCUAUAUUUCUUUCUCUCUCUCUUCGUCUAUAUUUCUUUCUCUCUCUCUCUCUCUCUUCGUCUUUAUUUCUUUCUCUCUCUCUCUCUCUCUCUUCGUCUAUAUUUAUUUCUCUCUCUCUCUUCGUCUAUAUUUAUUUCUCUCUCUCUCUUCGUCUAUAUUCCUUUCUCUCUCUCCGUCUUUGUUUCUCUCUCUCUCCGUCUUUGCUUUUCUUCCCAAAAUCGCCGAACUGCAUUCACUCUCUUUAUCGCUAUCUCUCUCUUCCACACAGAGUGUUCAUUCUCUCUCUUUCUUUCUCACUCAAUUUUGCAUUCUUUCUCUGAAUGUUUCUACUCAUACUGAAAAACUUGAUUUAAUGACUCGUUUGUCAUUUUCUUUCUUUCUUUCUUUCUUUCUUUCUUUCUUUCUUUCUUUCUUAUACUCCUCUCCUUAUCCUAUCUCUAUUCUCUUUUACCUCGUCUUCUCCCUUCUGCUCUCUCUGUUUCCUCGUCUUAUCUCCCUUCUUUCCACGCUCUCUACUUUUGCCUUCCAUUAUUGCAGCGUUAAUUUCUUUGUCAACAUUUCUUUUGUAAUUUCCCCUCUCUCUUUUCUUCUUCUCUCUCUCUUUUCUUCUCUCUCUUUACUUCUUCUCUCUCUUUUCUCCUCCUCUCUCUUUUCUUCUCCAUCUCUCUCUUUUCUUCUCCUCUCUUUUCUCCUCCUCCUCUCUCUUUUCAUCUCCUCCUCUCUCUUAUCUGACACUUUUCUUCUUUUUUCUUCUUUUCUCUUUUUCUUUUCUCUUCUUUUUCUUCUUCUCUUUUCUUCUUCUCCUCUUCUAUUUUCACUGUUAUUUUUCUUCUCUUUCCUUUUUUUCUUUUCACUCUUCUUCUUUUCACUCUUCUUCUUCUCUCUCUUCAUCUUCUUUUUCUUCUCUCUCUCUCCUCUUCCACUUCUCUCUCUCUCCCUUCCUCUUUCUGUCUUUAUUUUAUUUUCUCCCUCUCUCAACUUCUUUCUUUUAAACUCGUACCUAUCUAUUGCAUUUUCACCAAGUCCUUUUAUAUACGUUCUCUCUCUCUCUUUUUUUUUUUCAAGUCUCGCACCGAGUUCUUCUUCCCAAGGUCUGUCACCCUUUUUUUUUAUAAUUCCUACGUUUUUCUCUUUUCCAUCCUUCUCUCUCCCGUCGUUCUUUUUUUUUCCAUCUCUCUCUCUCUCUCUCUCUCUUGUGCGCGCGCGUCUUUCUCAUUUCCACUCUCUCUCCUACAUUUUUCUUCUUUUCAGCUCUCUCUUUCUCCUGCGUCUUUCUCCAUUUCAGCUUUCUCUCUCCUGCGUCUUUCUCCAUUUCAGCUUUCUCUCUCCUGCGUCUUUCUCCAUUUCAGCUCUCUCUCUCUCUCUUGCGUCUUUCUCCUUUUCAGCUCUCUCUCUCUUGCCUCUUUCUCCUUUUCAGCUCUCUCUCUCUCUCUGCGUCUUUCUCCAUUUCAGCUCUCUCUCUCCUGCGUCUUUCUCCAUUUCAGCUCUCUCUCUCCAUUUCAGCUCUCUCUCUCUUCUGCGUCUUUCUCCAUUUCAGCUCUCUCUCUCCUGCGUCUUUCUCCAUUUCAGCUCUCUCUCUCCUGCGUCUUUCUCCAUUUCAGCUCUCUCUCUCCUGCGUCUUUCUUCUUCCAGCUCUCUCUUUCUCCUGCGUCUUUUUUCUUUUCAGCUCUCUCUUUCUCCUGCGUCUUUCUCCUUUUCAGCUCUCUCUUUCUCCUGCGUCUUUCUCCUUUUCAGCUCUCUCUCUCUCCUGCCUCUCUCUCUCUCUUGCGUCUUUCUCCUUUUAGCUCUCUCUCUCUCUCUCUUGCGUCUUUCUCCUUUUAAGCUCUCUCUCUCUCUCUCUUGCGUCUUUCUCCUUUUAAGCUCUCUCUCUCUCUUGCGUCCUUCUCCUUUUAAGCUCUCUCUCCUGCGUCUUUCUCCUUUUAAGCUCUCUCUCCUGCGUCUUUCUCCUGCGUCUUUCUCCUUUUCAGCUCUUUCUCUUUCUCUCUCUCUCUCUCUAACCUGUGUCUUUCCUUUUUUCAGUCUUUUCAUAUCUCUCUUCGUCUCCUGCGUCUUUCUCCCUUUCAGCUCUCUUUCUCUUCUGCGUCUCUCUUCUGCGUCUCUCUCCUGCGUCUUUCUCCUUUUCAGCUCUUUCUCUCCUGCGUCUUUCUCCUUUUCAGCUCUCUCUCUCUCUCUCCUGCGUCUUUCUCCCUUUCAGCUCUCUCUCUCUCCUGCGUCUUUCUCCCUUCAGCUCUCUCUCUCUCCUGCGUCUUUCUCCCUUUCAGUUCUCUCUCUCUCUCUCCUGCGUCUUUCUUCUUUUUCAGCUCUCUCCCCUGCGUCUUUCUCCUUUUUAUCUCGCUCUCUUGCGUCUGUCUCCUUUCCGUCUCUCUCUCGUUCCCUCUAUCUAUUGCAUAUUUCUCUUUUCCAUCUCUCUCUUUAG